AGGAGGCGCGGCGGGUCCGCGGGGCUGGGCCGGGAGGACUGACUCCGGGGGCGUCGCCGCGCUGGGGCUCGGUGCGCGCGGCCGAGGAGGGAGCCGUGGCUAAGUGUUGGAAGGGCGGCUGUGCUUCCUGCCGGGCGCUGGAGCCCAGGCCGGUGGGACCCGAGGCCACCCGACUCUGUCCAGCCCUGCUCGCCGCUGCCCUCGGGCUCCGCAGGCCACGGUGACCGGCGGCGCGCGCCCAGGGAUGGAGGAAGAUUGAAUCCCUCUCUAGAACUUCUGAAUGUUUUUUACGAGUGGGAGCAUUUCCUACACGACAAAGCCAAUGGCUUAACUUCGGGGAGCACUGGGGGCAGUGUUGGCUCUGCUAUGCUUCGCGGAACUUGAGUCUGGAGGACACAGGGCUUUCUGUGAUGACACCAUGACUCACAGCAAAGGAAGAUCUGUCACCUGCAAGACAAGUGGCAGCCCCGAUAGUGGAGGAGGUUUUGUCAAUUGGACCUUAAAUCUAAACACCAUUCAGUCUGACAAGUUUUUGAACUUACUUCUAAGCAUGGUGCCAGUUAUCUACCAGAAGAACCAGGAUGACCGGCAUAAGAAAGCGAAUGGCCUUUGGCAGGACGGGCUGUCGGGCGGAGCACAGACCUUCAGCAAGAGGUCAGAGCCACAUCUGGACUACCACGAGUUCUCGGAGCAGGCCUUUCACGGCGGCGGUGGGCAUGCGCCAGCCAGCUGCAGCCCCAAGUACGACGACUAUGCCGGCUAUAGCUACUGCGACGGAAGGGAGGCUACAGAAACCACCGCCAUGCUGCAGGACGAAGAUCUGGCCAGUGAGGGCGAUGAUGUUAUUGUGGAAACAAACCAGAAGCUCCCAAAGGAGUCCAGCGGCGUCAUGGCCCUGCAGAUUCUCGUGCCGUUCUUGCUGGCCGGGUUUGGAACAGUUUCUGCCGGCAUGGUUUUGGACAUAGUACAGCACUGGGAGGUGUUCAGGAACGUGACAGAAGUGUUCAUUCUAGUCCCUGCGCUGCUUGGCCUCAAAGGGAACCUGGAAAUGACGUUGGCGUCUCGCUUAUCCACCGCAGUAAACGUCGGGAAGAUGGACUCACCCAUUGAGAAGUGGAAUCUGAUCAUUGGCAACCUGGCUUUAAAGCAGGUCCAGGCCACAGUGGUUGGAUUCUUAGCAGCUGUGGCAGCGAUCGUACUGGGCUGGAUUCCAGAAGGGAAGUAUUACCUCAGCCAUUCCAUACUUCUGUGCUCCAGCAGCGUGGCCACCGCCUUCAUUGCGUCUCUUCUGCAGGGAAUAAUAAUGGUCGGAGUUAUCGUUGGCUCAAAGAAGACAGGCAUAAACCCUGACAACGUGGCCACACCCAUCGCUGCUAGUUUUGGUGAUCUGAUAACUCUCGCCAUAUUAGCGUGGAUAAGUCAGGGUUUGUACUCCUGCCUGGAGACAUAUUAUUACAUUUCUCCAUUAGUUUGUGCCUUUUUCUUGGCUCUGACACCUAUCUGGGUUAUAAUAGCUGCCAAACACCCAGCUACCAGGACUGUGCUCCACUCUGGCUGGGAGCCCGUCAUAACAGCCAUGGUCAUAAGCAGCAUCGGGGGCCUUAUUCUGGACACGACUGUAUCCGACCCAAACUUGGUUGGGAUUGUCGUUUACACACCAGUUAUCAACGGUAUUGGUGGCAAUUUGGUGGCCAUUCAGGCCAGCAGGAUUUCUACCUACCUCCAUUUACACAGCAUCCCCGGAGAGCUGCCCGAAGAGCCCACAGGGUGUUCCUACCCGUUUAGGACGUUCUUUGGCUCAGGUGUGAACAAUAAGUCUGCCCAAGUUCUUCUGCUCCUGGUGGUUCCCGGCCACUUGAUUUUCCUCUACACGAUUCACCUGAUGAAGAGCGGCCACACCUCUCUGACUGUUGUCUUUGUUGUCGUGUACCUCCUUGCUGCUGUGCUACAGGUGUUCACCCUGCUGUGGAUCGCAGAUUGGAUGGUCCAUCGCUUCUGGAGGAAAGGGAAGGACCCGGACAGCUUCUCCAUCCCCUACCUGACGGCACUGGGUGACCUGCUUGGGACAGCUCUGCUGGCCUUAAGUUUCCAUUUUCUCUGGCUCAUUGGAGACCGUGAUGGCGACGUGGGGGACUAAUGGGUCCUUGAAGCCGUUGCAGGGUCACCCAGGAGGAGAACACAAGGCAGCCACUGCUGCCCCUCCCGUCCCCAAAGCUCUUCAUCAGUUGUGUGACUUAUGCCAGGGUCGUCUGCGGUUCACCCUGACUCCAUACAUGGCCUUAAUGUACUUUUUAAGGAAUUUGUGCUGGAACCACAAUGAACGGUAUUUGUGCUGCUUUUUGUAGAAUAAAUAAUUUGACACAGACAUAGAUACAAGCUCACACUCUAAAAUUACUUAGGAAAGAAUAUAGGAUGUUUACAAUGAAUGGUUUUGAAACCACAGACCCAGCAGACCUGUACUUUACUAUCAGUUAUAAUGCAAGGUUAGAGGCCAAGGAGCUUUAGCCUUCUCUUAGAGCUGUGUCCUGCUACAAAGAUACCGUGACCUGAAGGCACCAGCCCAGCUUCCCUGAGUGUUAACUGCCCUCCUCCGUGGGAGCUGAGGUUGCCAACCGAUUCCUAAGCUGACUGCAUUCAUCCUGCUGAGCAUAACAGACUGACUUCUACUCUUGUUUAAAACUGCCCUGUGCCAAUGUUCGUUUAAUUUCCGUUCUCAGUAGGUAACCCCUGAAGUUGGGGAGAAGGUGCUCACCGCGCUACCCCAGCAGGCCUUGGGCUUGUGGUCCUCCUGCUUCGGUUCCGUCCUCCUGAUUCUAAAGCACUGGGCCUUUGCUCUUUCGUUGAAAAGCUUUGAUCUGAUUUAGAAAACAGCCCUCAAAGCAGAAGAUCAGUUAGCUGUGUUUGUGGGCACAAGAUAGUGCGUGUGCAUGUGUGUGUAUGCAUAUAAGCAAACGUGUGAGCGUGUAGGUAGACCUGUGUUCCAGAAUGUGUAAGCAUGUGUUUGAGCAUGAGUGAGUGUAUGUGUGAAUAUGUGAAAAGAGACAGACAACAACCAGAGAGAACGACACAGAGAGACAACGUAAUUUCUUUUUCUACAAAUAAGUACCAUUUGAUGUAACACAGACCUAAGAAUUGGGAAGAGCAGGUGGCCCUGUGGCUCUGUAAGGCACCCUGCCUGUCAGUUGUCCCUCCGAAGGAGAAGUUGUGGCUGACCUCAUUAGCAUCUCAUCAUGGGCAUCUCAUCUGCAGAGACCAUCUCAAACAUUUUCUCAAACUCCCGUCAAUAUCCUGUGCACCAGACUGGCACCUGGCUAGUCAGUAGGAAGCCCUUUCAAAUCACUUAGCACUUAAGAAAACUGCAGUGCAAUCUUUAAGACCAUUGAAUAUUUAGUAAUUUAAGCUGCUGAGGGAAUAAAGUUCACAUGGCGUUGAUCUUCUGCCUUAUAAUCAAACUUUGAAGGCAUAGUUUGAACUAAUUUUGGGACCUCUCCUUUAGAGAGUCACGUCACAGAGUGAACACUCUGGUAAAAUAAGCUUAAAGUUUACGUUGAUGAAUAUGUAGUUGCAAUGAUUAUGUUUUAAGAAAUUGAUACUACCUUUCAUAUUAUAAAGUAUUUGUGAAUUUGGGUUUUGCAUUUGGGCUGUACGUUCUUUUGUUUUGAGACAGUCUCGCUCGGUAUCCCAGGUGAGGCUUAAACUGGAGAUCCACCUGCCUUAGCCUGCUGGGAAAUCUUUAACUCACAAAAAAAUGCAGAGUAAGCCCCAGUGUCAGCGCUGGCCAGCAGUCCUAGGCUGUUGUGCCAUGCAUUCCAAAGCACACGCAAAUGCUGACAGCAUGUUCUUUUGCUGUGGGUUAAAUGGAGUCCGGAGUCCCCGUCUGUAUUUUAUAGCCGGGUCACAGGGAGGAGGGGUGCAGAGUGACAUUUUAAGAUUGCACAGCUGCAGAACGACCAGAUUGUUCCAGACUAGUAGACUUUGUUAGCUCUGCCCCACCCCCAAAUGCACCAAGAAUAUCCACCUAGGUACCCGAGAGGAAGACGGCUGGAGAAAGUCCAGUCCAGUGGUACCAGUCUUUCAGACUCCUCACAGGGACGCCUCCACCUCAUGUGUCUUGGUGGUCAGCACAGCCAGCUCCGAGAUAUUCAUGGUCUUAGGGUCAGAGAGACUGUAGAUGAAGUAAUAAAUGCUUUACCUUAUAAAAUAUUCUCCAUCUUAUAAUGAAGACUUUAGACUAAAGAACAAUGCCUCAUUUCUCUUUCCUUUUGGUUGUUGUUUUGUUUUUGUUUUUCAAGACAGGGUCCUCUCUAUGUAACCCUGGCUGUCCUGGUACUCACUUUGUAUCCCAGGCUGCCUCAGACUCACAUAGAUCACCCUGCCUCUGCCUCCUGAGUACUGGGAUUAAAGGCGUGCGCCACCACCUGGUGAUGCCUCAUUUCUUCUAGCCGCUAAGCAGCAACCCUCUUCCUAGACCUACGGUGCCACAGGACAGUGGGCGGCUGAUGCUCAGGCAUUGUCAGAACAGCAGAACCUAUAAGACACGUAAUAGGCAAAUGAAUUGAAAAGGGAUACACAUUGCUUUAAAAAUCAAUUGCAGAUCUUUGAAAGUCUUACAAGUUUAGGUAAAAUAACAGUAUUUUUAUACCACACAAAAUCCUACCUUUCCAAAACUCCCUUUCCACUAAUUUACCAGGCACAUUGUACACACACCUUAAAAAAAAUCAUAUUUUUUUAUUCUUGACCAUCCACCUUUUCUUGAAAUUUCCAGAGUUUCUUAGAAUCUAAUAAAAUAGAAACACAUGAUAUACCUUUGUGGGGACAUCAGACAACCUCACACCAUAAACUGUUCAUGAUGCAGCCAAAUGAAUCCUUUCAAAGUCUCUUAGUGGUGAGGCAUCCCUUCCUUCCCUGUAUCUAAGGUAUAAUUUACCCACUGAUAGUGGUCUCUGGCACCUUGGAAUUAUUGUAAACCCAAGUCAGAAUAAAAUGUGAGAAAGCC